CUGCUUGACUGACAGAAGGAUGUGGUCUUUUCUCAAAAGAAAAAUCCUAAGGUCAUUUUAGACUUUAAGUAAACUCCAGUAUGUUAGAGAAAUCAGACGGAUCUGCAGAAAAAUGACUGUGCUAAGCUAGGUUUGCGUGGCUACUGUAUCAUGACACGAAUGGGAACAUUUAAUCUGUGAAACCAGGGCGGUUCUUUAGGUCCUGUAGAGCUUGAACCAAGCUGAAAACAUAAGAAGGUGAGGAAAGGUUCUAGGUACUAUGUUAAACUGGUCUACACACAGAAAGCAUGGCAGCUUCCCACAGCAGUAGUCGUAUUAAUUCUCUUUCAUCACCAACUCAGAGAAUGCACCUCAUCCAGAUUGAUUCUGUGCAGCGCUGGAUGGAAGACUUGAGGUACAUGACCGAAGUGGAGUGCAUGUGCAUUCUCCAGUCGAAGCCCAUCAGCGUGGACGAGGAUGUCCACAGCGAGCUGAUCAUCAACCCGGAACACGUGGUGCGGGACAAUCUCCAGACACUUCUGAAGAGAGCUUUCAUCAUCAGCACGGAGCUAAGCAAGAUGUCCCAAAAGCUGGAGAAGAACAGGUGGCAGAGAGUGCACAGCACAGCUGUGAGAGCCAACUGCCACGUCCGCUCUCUGGUCAACGAGUACAAUACCUUUGCUAGGAACUCCCCAGCAGAAAUACAGAAGUAUGAAAAAACCCUGUUGGAGAAGUGCAUGGAGCUGACAACCAUCACAGAGAGGUGCAUACACACCGAAGAUGAUUUUUUUUUAAAGUCUAUGAAAGAAGCCGUCCAUGAAAUACUGACAGAUGUCAGUGAAUCCUUCAGCCAAAUGAUUGAUUUGGUCUUAGCUAAUGAGAUACAGAUCUUGGUGAGACAAAUAGAAUCUUCAGAUAACAUAUACACCAUAGGUUCGGCAAUCAGCAGUCUGCUCACUCUUACGCAGGACGGUGUCCAGUUGUGCAGCCUCAUAGCAAAGGAAGGAGCCGUGGUUGCCCUUUUUAAGAUCUGCAGGCAAGACUGCUUUAGCUGUCUCUAUGCACAUGCUUUGAGAACACUGGCAUCUAUCUGUUGUGUGGAAGAAGGAAUAAACCAGCUGGAAAAGGUGGAUGGGAUCUUGUGUUUGGCUGAUAUCCUCACAGAUGAGAGCAAUGCUGAAGCAGCACGUGCUGAAGCUGCUGCUGUAGUGGCUCAGAUUACGUCUCCACAUCACACUUUCACACAGCAUCUCAGCAGCUUUCUGGAGAACAUGGAAGACAUUGUGACGGCACUCAUCAAACUUUGCCAGAAUGCAUCCUCUGGAGAGGUGUUCUUAUUAGCAUCUGCAGCUUUGGCUAACAUUACCUUCUUCGAUACCAUGGCCUGUGAAAUUCUCAUGCAGCUGAAUGCUGUUCGAAUCCUGUUUGAAGCUUGUCGUGAUCGCAAGAGAGUAGAUACACCUUACUCGAAAGACCAGGUUGUGACAAUACUGGCAAAUAUAUCUGUUCUUGAGCAGGCUUCAUCAGAGGUCUUGCAAGAAAAAGGGAUUGAGCAUCUGCUCCUACUCCUGUCUGAAAAACCUUCCUCUUCCAGUCCAGCAGAGGGCGCUGCCUGCGAGCGAGUGCAGCAGAAAGCUGCUGUUACUCUGGCCCGUCUAAGCAGGGAUAAUGAUGUAGUCCAGACUGCCAUACAACUCAACUGUAUCCCUCGUCUAAUAGAGCUCUGCCGUUCACCUGCCAAGAGAAACAGCAGUGAUUCUGUGUUAGUUGCCUGUCUGGCUGCCCUGAGGAGACUGGCGGCUGGGUGCCCAGAAAGCAUUGAAGACAUCGACUACCAGCAGCUCAUAAAACCAAGACUUGUGGACUCGUUUCUGCUUUGCUCCAACAUGGAAGAAAGUUUUGUGUAGCAGGGGGUCUCGGACAAGCUCGGUGGAAGUACAGAGAAAGAUUUUAUUUGAUUCAGUAUUACUUUAGGGGUGGCAAAUGGCACUUUGUAAAAAUAAAACAGAGAAGAUAUUUGCACUCAUUUAUUCAUUGAUAAAGCAUUUAUACAGGAGAAAAACCUGACUUUUGUUUAUAGCAUAAUAUUUAGUCAAGGUUAGUAUCUACCAGGGUAUCAACACUUUAAUGUUCUUUUCAUCCGUUACUAUUUAAAAAAAAGAAUUGAAUCUCUUAAUUCCUUAUAUAACACAUUAUCUUUGAGUCCAUGAUAUCUACAUACAAUACAUACAGUCAGAGAUACGAUGAAUGUCCAGCAUACGCUUUAUGACACUGUGGUAUUGUAUAUUUCAUUUUUGUACUAUGAAUUCAAAACCAGAAAAACCAUCAAUGGUUUGUACAACAAAGAUGCUGUUUUUUUAUAAAGAUUAUGUUAUGCUUCCUCAUCAAUUUUGUUUUUCAGAUGAGGAAAAAAUGUUUUAAUAUCAUGCUAUGUCAUGUUACCUGGUAACUAAAUAAACAGUGCAUACACCACAGUUUUCUCUGUCACUGAACAAUCUAUUUCAGCUUUAAGAAAAUAAAGUUGUUGAAGAUGUUUUUUCCUUGAAGACAGUGCUACUGCACUUUAUUCACAUUCUUAUAUUUUCCAUUGU